UACACUCGGCCGGCGACAGCGGCACAUGUUCAGUUAGUCGGCUCCGAAACGCGACCGCGUGGCCACGUGCUCUGCUCAUCGUCGCCGUAUCUUCUUGCCGACAGCAAUACCUCAACACAGCCGUCUCGUAACUUCUAAGACUAUGACGCCCAAAUCGUUUUCGCACUAUUCGUGAGCAACUCCUCCCGAAGUAGUAACCACAUCGAGCACACUGAACACAUUAAAUAUUGCACAAGUACGGACACAUGGAUUUCCAAAGCGCCAUGGAGACCUUUGCGGAAGCUUGGGUGGCAGCCAAUGCCAAAGGCACAUUUACCUAUCCUGCUAUGAAUGGUUUUCAGAAUCAACCAAUAAUUUUACCGCCACAAUUACAUGGGUCAACAUCUCCUGUGUCAGCUCCAACCGACGCCCAAACUGGUACAGCAAAAUCUAUUCCGGUACAUUGUGUAGUAGAGUCUAUAAAUCAUGUAUACCAAUGGAGUCAAAAAUAUUAUUCUACAGUUAAUCGUUCAAAAGGACAUGUCGAAUUAGAUAGAUUUGUCAUUAUUCCCAAUAACACUGCAUUUAGAGAUCUAACCGAAGCUGCGUUAAUAAGACUUGGAUAUUCUAAAGAUAUUGCAGCUGCUUCAAAAGGACUAGUUGUAUUAAAAAACUGGUUACCGCUAGAAUUAGAUUCAAUCGCUGAGGAUCCUGUAUUGACUGUCAGUGACGUUUUAGGAGAACUAACUACUUUAGCUACUCUUAGAAUACUAGUAUUCAGAGAGUCGAAAAAUAGAUUUACGGAUUUGAAAGAAAAACUACUCAAGUUGCUUUUAGUUCAAAGUCAAACACAAUUAGCUUCUUCAGGAUGUCCACUCGAUGAAGCCAUAAUAUUACAAAUGAUGAAAGUAGGACAAGCCUGUCCAGAUAUACCAGAGGAUUUGUACAAAAAAUUCGAACAAUGGUGGAUAAUGCAAUCUUCUUCCGUAAUCCCUAAAAUUCAACAAUCGGUAUUAUCACAAUCGGUCAGAGAUUUAUUUUAUCGUAACGGCUCAUCUCCAAGACAAACAAACCUCCAGGAUAAUCUUUCGGAUUGCAUUAUAUCUAAGAAUGAAAAUAAGCCACUAGGACUUCAGUCUGUAACUCACAAUCAGUUUCAAGCACAGAAAACUCGUAUGCGAACAAGUUUCGACACAGAACUAGAACUUCCUAAGUUACAAGCAUGGUUUGCAGAAAACCCUCAUCCCAGUAGACAACAAAUUCAUCAAUAUGUAAGUGAACUUAAUAAUUUAGAAUCGCGAAAAGGCCGUAAGCCGCUAGAUGUGAAUAAUGUUGUGUAUUGGUUUAAAAAUGCCAGAGCAGCACAAAAACGCGCUGAAGUGCGUAGUACGGGACCUAGCGCUAACGAAACAAAUCCGUCGAAUAACGAUUGCAGUGUGAAUGGUUACUGCAAAAGUAGAAGUCCGAGUGAACAUGGUGGAAAAUCAUACAGCGGCCAAGGUUCAGUAAGUGAUGCCGAAAAUGAUGAUGAUGACGAAUUCGAAGAGAGUCGAGAUGAAGAAGACGUAAAACCUAUGAGCCCCCCCUCAGAACAGCCAAUAUCUCUAACUACACAUGGAAGAUUCAGUAAUGGAGAUAUAGAAUCCCCUCGUUCGCAAUCUCGCAAUUCUCAACUCAGCUCUGAACAUAAGGUAAUGGUAAUCAAAGAGGAGCCGCCAGAUAAAGAAAAAACAACUGGACUAAAUAAUAAUAAUUAUGAUGACGAAGAAGAUUUCGAUGAGGACAUGGAAGAUGACGGGUCGGACGCAGAAAGUUGUAAACAAGAAACAUCGAGCCCGGACCAACUAUCCAUUAGACACUCGGUUACCCCGACAAUGUUUCACGGUACACCAGCUGAUUUAAAUCAAUCAAUUGUUCGACCAGGUUUCCCGAUUGUACCCAACUCAAUGUUUAACCACAGUUUUAUGUAUAUGAGCCAGUGUUUACCUGGUUUUAACAUGGGACGGCGACCUCAAUCCGAUACUCCUCCACCACAAUCGCAGCAAUCACAGAUAUCGUCAGCUGCUAAUGUCGCCGGCCUUAAUUUGUCAGCGUUGGCCGAAGAGCGUCGGAAACGAAAUCGAACAUUUAUCGACCCGGUCAGUGAAGUUCCAAGACUUGAACAAUGGUUUGAGCACAAUACUCAUCCAUCGCACAGCCUAAUUGCUAAAUAUACUGACGAAUUAAACCGUAUGCCAUAUCGGCAAAAGUUUCCCAGGCUCGAGUCAAAGAACGUACAAUUUUGGUUCAAAAACCGCCGAGCCAAAUGUAAAAGGCUAAAAAUGUCUUUGUACGAUGCUAUAUCGCCAAAAGAUCAGUUCACUAUGCCCACUUACCUCAGCCAUGACUAGAUACAUUUUCGAGGGCGCCACAUAACUCAAGAACUUCAAAAUGAACACGUUUGCAAAACUGAAGUAACGCGUCCUUAAUAGAUAUUUAUUGCUGCACCUGUCAACUCUUCUUUAUUCCAUCUUCUAACAUCAUCUACCACGGCUGUGUAUUACUCGGUUAUUUUUGAAAAUUAUCUCCUCUUCUAGAUACUACACUAGUCAAGAACGGUUUGUAUUUCCUGUCUACACAUUUGUAGAACUCAUUUCUUUUCCUGUCGUCAAAAAAACUUGUUAAAAAAAAUUGUAAAUUUUGACGCAAUUGUUUUCAGUAUUGUUUUAUUUUAAGAAAACUAUUUACAUGUUACAUGUUGAUUUUUAUUAUCACUAAUAUACUUAGUUUGAACACAUAAGCGAUUAUGCAACAUUGAAAGUCUAAUUAAUAUGAAUGGUUAAGGAAAAAUAAUAGAUUAUAAUAAGUAUGUUAUUUUGAUUUUGGUUAAUUAACUAAGCGUUCUAAUUCGUACACUACAUUCAUUAAACAAUAAAUUGGACUUUUAUGAUCUCUUGCUUUGAUUAUUUUAUUUGUUUUUUUUUAGUUUGUUAUUGUUUGUUUUUGUUGUUUAAUUAUUUUAAAAUUACAUCAUCAUCGCUAUAUCUGUUUUAUAUAAUUUCUUAGUGCACAUUUUAAGACCUUAUUAGAGUAAGGUCUAUUAAUUUAACUUUAAGCGAUAUAGUAUAGGGCAUUCAUCUACAUCAUCGAAACCAAAGAUUUAUUUUAUUUUUUUUUAUUACUAUUUAAAAAACUGUUUUGAACAAAUACUGUAUAGUUAAGUUCUGUAUUAUUUAAUAUGUCAAAUAUAAAAAAAAAACUACAUUUAUAUAGUACUAAGUUAGCUUUUGAAUAGUUGUUUAGGGUUUUGUUGGAUAAGCGUUUAAGCGUUGUUUUUAUUUUAAUUUAAGUUGUUUUUACUAGAUUGAAAAUAAAUAAAAUAACCUAAUUAUCAUUAAUUUUUUUUAAAUACCUAAUUGUAUAAUUUUUCCAAGUUCAUCAAAUACAAGGUAUU